AUGUUUGGCAUAUUUCAGAAGCAGGAAACACAUUUUCAGAGGCUGUUAAAUCUGGCUGCCAGAGUUGUGCUCAGUAUUGAUACACCACCUCACCGUCUAGCAUCUGUAACAUCUAAUUUAAAAAGCCUUCACUGUCUUCCAUUUCAUUACCAUGUUCAGUAUAAAAUCGCCUUCAUUGUCUUCAGGUUGUUGUCGCACUCGCCGUUGUACCUCGACUGUCUUUUUCAUCUAAAUAUGAACAAUCAACAUCUUUGCUCUGCCAAAGCACCCACACUUCUUCAAAAUAUUUUAUCAACCAACAAUGGAAACGAGCAUUUCGUCAUGCUGCUACAACUGUCUGAAAUUCUCUACCUCCAAACAUCAGAAAUUCUAGCUCCUUUUCCGAAUUACACGAAAAUUGCCGAAAAUUGUAAUUUGUGGCGAAAUUUCGGCGACAUAGAAGAUUCUUGGGAAAGUGUGACUUCUAUUAUCAACUUCUAUGGGGAUGACAAAACUAAUUUUUCAAAACAUGCUGGUCCAGGAAAUUUUAACGACCCAGAUAUGCUUAUAAUUGGCAAUUUUGGAUUGAGUAUGGAACAGCAAAAGUCUCAAAUGGCUUUGUGGUGCAUUAUGGCGUCUCCUCUGAUCAUGUCAAAUGAUUUAAGAAAUAUUGAACCAUUUUCUCAAUCUUUAUUGUUGAAUCAGUAUGCUAUUGCAUUAACCAAGAUGCUCUAG